AUGAUCAAUGACGGAGCUGGCUCCCCGUCCUGCCAAGGCGGCACCAACCCAGCCCGCACGAAGAAAGACCACGAAGAAGCGUGCACCCCCAAUCCAGCCAAGCGCCUCUUCAAGCUGACCCGCAUGGCCAAGGAAAUGGGCAUCUCCCUCGUCCCGCCUCCCUCGCCCGCGAAGUACACCAAGUCAGUCCGUUCCCCCUCUCGUCCUCCCCCCCUAACUAGCCCAUCCCAUUUCGUUCAGACGGGCCUCCGAUGCCGGAUCCAGGUCGGCCAGCCCCCGCCCGCCCACCUCGACCACUACUCGCCGUGGUUACGGGACGGUGUGCGCAUCGCCGAGGAAUCUUUCAAGCGCUCCAAGGCGAGGCGGGUCGCGAAGGAGCGGGGGUUGAUCGUGUCGGUUCCGGGCACUGUGACCGAUAUGCAGGGGCGGGUGGUGAAGAAGAACUGGAAGGCGAGAGCUUUUCGAGGGCGGCCUUGA